AUGCCGCCAACGCCGUUCCAGCCCUCGCACAGCACGCCGUUCAAGUCGACGCUGUCGAGUUCCGUCCAGCCCGCGCAUCUCCAUACGCCCUAUACCGGCGCCACCGCAUCCUCGUCUGCAGCCGGGACCGAUGCGCCGCUCAAGCUGUCCGAACUAGAUGCCAGGGACUGGAGCUACCAUGCCGAAGGCGGGCUCAACCUCCUCCUCCGGUACACGCCGUUCAAUGGCACAGCCAAGGGCAAGGGCCCUGGCGGACGGUGGCAGGGCAAGGCGUUGAGGCUCGUCAAGGUCCCCCGCGCGUCGUCUGCCCCUGACUCGCAGCCCAACGGCAACAUGAGCGGGACGAGCGGAAACGACGAGGAAAAAGAAGAGGAGGAGGGCGAGCAAUUCCGAAGAGAGGUCGUGCUGCCUCUCCUCUGCGGAGAUGGCGCCCUGCUGCCUCACUCGACGCCGAUCAAGGUCGAGGAUGCCCGGGAUCGCGCGGUGCUCGAGACGCUGGCCGCCAGGAUCGAGAUCCACCGCCCUAGAGAGCGGAGGCAGAAGGACGGCAUCAACACCGAGGCGCACAAGGUGUGGAUGAUUGACGAUCUGUGCUCGACGUCGAUCGCAGAGGAGCAGGUGCUCACUGUCGAGAUCAAGCCGAAAUGGGGCUACCUCCCCUCGUCGUCCUCGCUCUCGUCGAUCUCUUCGCCCAACGUUGAACUCAAGACGCGCCACUCGCGCUUCAGGAUGCACAAGGUCGCGCGCCAUCCCGAUCCUUCCUCGCUCGCUCACGCCGAGUUUGAGGGGCACUAUGAUCCGCUCGACCUGUACAGUUGCCAGACGGACAGGAUGCAAAAAGCGCUGGAUGCACUAGCGGCAGAUUGGCAGCAGAGCGGAGGGACCACCAACAAUCUGAGGCUGUUCUGGAACGGCGAGGUCGUCAAGCCCACCCAGACGGCCGAGCUGGACGAGAUCAAGGCGUACCUGUCCGCUGGCACCUCGUCCGCCUCCUCGUCCGACGAUCUCGCAACCCUGCUGGCCUCGCACCUCAUCUCUCCCCUCGCUGCUCCACGCCUCCAAUCAACAUCGGACCGAGCGGAGUCAGUCCUGAGCCGACUAUCGCACCUGCAAUCGGCGCUAGACCCGCGCGACAUCGAGGGCCUGGCUGCAGACUGGCAACGACUCGUCUCUGCCCCACUGGGCACCGUCCCCGCCGACGCGACACCGGAGCAGGCGCAGCUGCUCCUGCCUCCGACUGUCGUAGAGGUGGCGGCCGCAAUCGGCGACCCCUCACAACCCGUCGAUGCUGCAGCGCCGCCGCCGUCGGCGCCGACGACGAUCGCGGAGCUGCGCCGAGCGACGCUCCGCUUCCUCGUCGCUUCGACGUUCAAGGACUGCAGCAUCAUGCUCCGGAUCGUCCAGCCUCGAGGCGUCGAUACGGCGGACGUCGACGCUGGGCCGGCGAGCAGGGAGGUGGAGAUUAAGCUCAUCGAUCUCGACAUGAAGCCGAUCGGGAAGCUGGCCAAGUUUCUGCAGACGGACGAGGAGGUCAUCGAGAAGUUCCGCGCAUGGUGGGCCACAAUCGGCGAGGGCCACAGUCGCGAGUCGUAG